AUGGAAGUGACAUCUCUCAAAGCCACUCAUCUGCCGCCCACGGUCGAUGAGGCCGAGCUGCGCUCCCUGUUUGGGAGAGAGCUUUGCUCACUCCAGCUUCCACGCAGAUCUGCAGGAGAGAACUGUGGAUAUGCGAUCCUUGGUUUUACCUCCCCAGAAGCUGCAGAGCAAGCCAUGCGCCGCAACGGGCAGCGAAUUCCGGACCACAAGGCCGUGCUCCGCUUGGCACCUUGCCAGAAGGUGUCGUCAGGCCGAAAACCGCUGGCCAGCUAUCAAGUGUGUGUGGGCAACCUUGCACCUCAUGUCUCAGAUGCGGAGUUGUACACAACCUUCAGGUCUUUGUCAGAGAAUGUGGUGGGUGCCAGAGUUCCAGUGGACCAAAGUGGAAGGAGUCGCGGCUUUGGCUUUCUAAGACUCUCGGAUGAGGAGGCCGCCGAGCCACUCGUGGCAAAAGCCCAUGGGUUUCAAUUGGCUGGGCGCGCUGUCACAGUUCGCCAAUGCCUUCCAGCUGACUCCACCACCGGUGACAGAGCGCUUUUCAUCAGCAACCUGGAGGUUGGCACACGUGAGGAUUGGUUGCGGAGAUUGCUAGGUGUCUUUGGGGAAUUGGACUUCGUAGAUGUGGGCAUCCGGGGAGGCUUUGCGAGGGUCGGAUUUAUUGAGGCCGAAGCUGCUUUGGGUGCUGCCUCCUUGCUCCAGGGUCGUGCACAAAAUAGUGGGAGGCGGCUCCUGUUUCGCUGGGCCAAACCAUUGUCUACGGAUCCUCAGGGCUUCCAAGCCUUCUCCCAGCGCUUUGCCACCCCGGCCUUCGAAGAGCACUCAGACAAUAUGGCCAGAGAGCUUGCGAAGUCCUUGCUUCCUGUGGAAGGACCUGCUUUGCCAAGCGGUGCUCCUGAGGGCCCUGCCAACAAGAUUCGGCGCAUUGGCGAGCCCUGA